AUGGCUUCUAACAACAACAAGCAUUUUCUUGUGAAAUAUCUUGAGUGUAGGCAUAACUAUGCAGCUAGAACUAAUGGUUAUGUACUUGAUGGUUGUGGUGAAUUUUGUCCAAUUGGUGCCCCUGAAACCCUUGAAUCCUUCAUCUGUGCUGCUUGUCAUUGUCAUCGAAAUUUCCAUAGAAAAGUUGAGGUGGAGGUAGAGGACGGGGUGGAGAGUCCUAUCAUUUCUAUUAAUCAUCCUAGCCACGGUACUCCCCUUGUUAUCAUGGAUAAUCCACCACCACAAUACACAGUGAGACCUAAGGCACAACUUUGUGAAACAUUUGGGAAGAACAACAUUGAUGUGGAGACAAAGAUGGAGAUGGAUGGAGGAGAGAUAGAGGUGAGGGAGUUGAAAAGAAAGUACAAUAGUUGUUCGUCUUCUUCAGUGAGAACAAGGUUGGAUCCUUACCAAAGAGAGAGGAUUUGGAUUUUUGCAAACGAGAUCAUGGGAUGGAAAUGGACAAAGAACAACGAACAAGUUAUCCCCUUUUGUGAUGAAAUCGGAAUCACUCCCAAAUUCUUGAAGAAUUGGAUUAACAACACCAGACGCAGAAUUGGGCCCUUAGGAAAAAUGGGCAUCUAA